UCUAAUGUCUGUCCAUUCCAGUGCGUUGUUUCUGCCGUUGCGGAGCCAAAAUGGCGGAGUGCGCAGCUGCCGCUUUGGUGUAUUCCGACUGACUUGAGAGCAAGAUGGCAGCGUCAGUGGAAGACGAGUUUGAAGAUGCGCCUGAUGUAGAGCCUUUAGAGCCGACUUUAAAGAAUAUCAUAGAGCAGAAAUCACUCAAAUGGAUCUUUGUCGGGGGUAAAGGUGGCGUGGGCAAGACAACAUGCAGCUGCAGUCUGGCGGUUCAGCUGGCGUCAGUGAGAGAGAGCGUCCUCAUCAUAUCCACAGAUCCAGCACACAACAUCUCAGAUGCCUUCGACCAGAAGUUCUCCAAGGUGCCCACCAAAGUCAAGGGCUACGACAACCUCUUUGCCAUGGAGAUCGACCCCAGUCUGGGUGUGGCAGAGCUGCCCGAUGAGUUCUUUGAGGAGGACAACAUGCUCAGUAUGGGGAAGAAGAUGAUGCAGGAAGCCAUGAGUGCUUUCCCCGGCAUCGAUGAGGCCAUGAGCUACGCAGAGGUCAUGAGGUUAGUGAAAGGCAUGAAUUUUUCAGUGGUGGUGUUUGACACGGCCCCGACGGGACACACUCUGCGUCUGCUUAACUUCCCCACCAUCGUGGAGCGAGGCCUGGGCCGCCUCAUGCAGAUCAAGAACCAGAUCAGCCCCUUCAUCUCACAGAUGUGUAACAUGUUGGGUCUGGGAGACAUGAAUGCAGACCAGCUGGCAUCUAAACUGGAAGAAACGCUCCCCGUCAUCCGCUCAGUCAGCGAGCAGUUUAAGGACCCGGAGCAGACGACGUUUAUCUGCGUGUGCAUCGCAGAGUUCCUGUCUCUGUACGAGACGGAGCGUUUGAUUCAGGAGCUGGCCAAGUGUCGCAUCGACACGCAUAACAUUAUCGUCAACCAGCUGGUUUUCCCUGACAAUGAGCGGCCCUGCAAGAUGUGUGAAGCCCGACACAAGAUCCAGUCCAAGUACCUGGACCAGAUGGAGGAUUUAUAUGAAGAUUUCCACAUAAUAAAGUUGCCUCUGCUGCCUCACGAGGUUCGAGGAGCGGACAAGGUCAAUACUUUCUCCAAGCAGCUGCUGGAGCCCUACAGCCCCCCCAAGAAGUGACUUAAAUGAUUUCCACGGAUCAAACACACACCAUCUCCUCCCUCCUCCUCUGCUUGUCUCUGAUACAUACAUCCCUCUGGUGUUCACAUCUUCAUUUGCCCCCUCUCAGUGUCUCUCCACUCUCUCUGGUUUUCUGGUCUUGUAUUAACUGAUGCCGCCAUGUUGCUCCAAUGAUCCGUAAUGAAUGUCUGCCGAGAGUUAAGCGGCCUGCUUAGAAACAUAAAACAAUCUUGAUGGUCUAUGUUGCUUUGUGGUGAUGGUGUUUGUAUUUAAGCGUAAGAAAAACACUCAUUCCUGAUGUGUGUUCAAGAAAGGAGAUUAUACGGGCGCAGGAAUGUACAGGAGUAGUAUCAGUACAGAUGUCUGUCACUCGUUCAGUUUAACCUGGCACAUCUGAUUUGGGGUCAGUGAAUGACACCGUAAACCUUUGUUUCAUAUUCUGGCCAGACUUUAUUUUGGUUCCUGAACUGGUCAGAAGUGUUGUUAAUUGAGAGGGUCCAACUUAAGGAGAUGGUACAUAUUUUAGUGAGUUGCUAAAGGGUUAGUUCACCCAAAAAAGAGAAUUUUGUCAUUAUUUAUUCACCCUCAUGUCAUUCCAAACCCUAGUUUUUUUUUUUAAAUGCAACACAGGGAGAAAUUUUGAAGUGUUAUUUGAUUGACACAUUCUUUCAGUAUUGCAUUAUGGACAGCAUACAAGUUUGUUCUGACAAGGAUGUGUAAAUAGUGACUGAAUUUUAAUUUCUGGAUGAACUAUCCUUUAAACUUCUGUUUGCAGUGAAUCAAACUGUAAUUAACGUGUACAAAUCUUGUGAUUCAAUUUAUCUAAUUUAAUUUUUGCAGUUAGUUAAAGUGAUGUAUUUAUAUAGACUUGUAAUAAUUAAGAUACAUUCUCUUCAGAUCUUCUAUAACAUUUAUUUAUGCGACGCCUGUUGCUGGUUCUGAGUUGUGAAGCACAACAUGAAGAUGCGUUCCGUUGUCUUGUUCUCCUCCUCCUCAUCAUUUGACAGUAAUGUCUGCAUACAUCAAAACAGGAACACACUUACACCUUACAUGGAGGUCAGAUGCUCGUUUAAACCUGCAGCAAAAACACUGCAACCUGUCAGCAGCGACAACAAUAUCACAGUAUACACCGCGCUGGUUAUGAUAACGUUAAGUGUGUUUUCCUGAUUUCACAGCAUGAAGCAGUGGGCUCUUUAGUUCAUGAAAAGCAGGGGCAAAAACUCACAAACCUGAUAGUGUAUCAGACAGGGAGAUUUUGAUCUUUAUCAGUUAUCAGUCCGUUUUCCUGAAGUUUCUUCAUUCUCUUAUAACUUAUAACUGCCUUUCCAAAAUUUGGCUUCUUUUUGUAGAAGCACAUCAAGUUUAAAAGCAAAUAAAACACUAUUCUCCAUCUACUGCA